GCGGUUUGAGCGGUGCCGUCCGCACAGCGCGCGCACACUCGGACCUGCCGCACCGCCGCGCGCGUUUCCCGGAGUCCACGUCUCAUCCGCUGUCAGAAUAAAUCGUUUAAUAAUAAACACCUCCCGGAUGACCGCAGAGCGCUCCCCCGUCUGAGAGGCUCCGGACGCCCGUUUAUUUAUGGAAUAAAUCCAGUUGUACUUGCCACCAUGUCAGGGAAGUCAGAUGGGAAGAAGAAGUGGGCGGCGGUCCGGGACCGCCUGGGCUCCUCGCAGGACUCCGACACCCAGCAGGAGGCCAACCUGGAGAGCGCCGACCCGGAGCUGUGCAUCCGGCUGCUGCAGGUCCCCACCGUGGUCAACUACUCCGGGCUGAAGCGGCGCCUGGAGGGCAGCGACCAGACGUGGAUGGUGCAGUUCCUGGAGCUGUGCGGCCUGGACCUCCUCCUGGAGGCGCUGGACCGCCUGUCCGGGCGCGGCUGCUCGCGGAUCGCCGACGCCCUCCUGCAGCUCACCUGCGUCAGCUGCGUCCGGGCCGUGAUGAACUCGUCGGCGGGGAUCCACUUCAUCAUAGAGAACGAGGGAUACAUUCGAAAGCUCUCCCAAGCCCUGGACACCUCCAACACCAUGGUGAAGAAGCAGGUGUUUGAGCUCCUUGCAGCCCUCAGCAUGUUCUCCACGGACGGCCACCGCCUCGCUCUCGAUGCCCUGGACCACUACAAGGGCGUGAAGACGCAGCAGUACCGCUUCAGCGUGAUCAUGAACGAGCUGCAGGCCACGGACAACGUCCCGUACAUGGUGACACUCCUCAGCGUCAUCAACGCCCUCAUCUUUGGGACCGAUGACCUGAGGCAGAGAGAUAAGAUGAGAAAGGAGUUUAUCGGACUCCAGUUACUGGAUGUUCUGCCAAAGUUAAGGGAGCAGGAGGAUGAAGACUUGAUUAUUCAAUGUGAAGCUUUUGAAGAGGCCAUGGCUGAAGACGAGGAGGAGCUGCUGCGAGUGUACGGGGGCAUCGAUAUGAGUAAUCACCUUGAGGUUUUCACCACACUCUUCAACAAGGUGAGCAGCUCUCCAGCCUCCCUUCAGCUGCUGUCCAUCAUGCAGACGUUGUUGGUGCUGGGGCCGGACCGCUCCGAUAUCUGGCUGGCACUGGAGGCCAUCACGAACAGAGCCAUACUCCUCGCCCAGGACUCCCAGAUGGAGUCCUCCGAGAAGAUCUUGCACCGGCUCAUGUUCAUCAAGGGGAAAAGCUGCGGCGGCCUCACGGAGGUGGACGGUCAGACCGUCAAGGUGGACAAGUCCGUGCAGACGGACGAGGAAAUGGACAAACCGGACGCAAGCACGACGUCUCCUCAGAAGCCACUGUGUGCCUCUCCUCCUCCGCCCCCUCCGCCCCCUCCGCCUCCUCCACCUCCUCUUCCCCCCGGCAUGAUGGGGUCAAUGCCUUCCAAUCAGUGCCCCCCUCCUCCUCCUCCUCCUCCCCCGCCGCCACCCCCACUUCCUGGAGGCUUUGGUGCUCCCCCACCUCCCCCUCCUUUACCCGGCAUGCCUCCGCCGCCCCCGCCGCUGCCCUGCGGCCCGGGCAUGGCUCCGCCUCCACCUCCGCCACCUCUACCAGGCAUGGGUGGCAUGCCUCCGCCUCCCCCGCCUCCUCUCCUGCCUGGCAUGCCGCCGCCGCCGCCUCCUCCCAUGGGCUUGAUCGCCGCCCAGAGCAGCCAGGCGCUGGGGUGCGCCACGCCCAUGAAGACGAGCAGGUGCCCCACGCUGAGGAUGAAGAAGCUCAACUGGCAAAAACUGCGAGCUGUUACCGACGGUCACUCCAUGUGGGCCUCGGUUCAGAAGGAGCCGCCUCCUCGGGAGCCGGACUACAGCAGUAUCGAGCAGCUGUUCUGUCUCCCGGUGACGGACAACAAAGACAAGGGGGCAGCUGCUCCUGUCAAGAAGGAGCCUAAAGAGAUCACAUUUAUUGAUCCAAAGAAGAAUUUGAAUUUGAACAUAUUUCUAAAGCAGUUCAAAUGCACAAACGAGGAAUUUGUAGCCAUGAUCCAGACCGGGGACCGGACCAGGUUCGACGUGGAGGUGCUGAAGCAGCUUCUGAAGCUGCUACCUGAGAAGCACGAGAUCGAGAAUUUGAAGUCCUUCCAAGGAGAAAAAGACAAGUUGGCGAAUGUCGACCGCUUCUACACCUCCCUCCUCACCGUGCCGAGUUAUCAGCUGAGAAUCGAGUGCAUGCUGCUGUGCGAGGAGACGACGUCGGUGUUGGAGAUGCUCAAACCGAAAGUCAAGCUGGUGGAGGAGGCCUGCCACUCUCUCCGGACGAGCGCGCUCAUGCCCAGUUUCUGCAGGCUCAUCCUUGACGUGGGAAAUUUUCUCAACUAUGGAAGUCACACUGGGAACGCCGAAGGCUUCAAGAUCAGCUCUCUGCUCAAGCUCACAGAGACCAAGGCAAACAAGAGCCGCAUUACGCUGCUUCAUCACAUCUUGGAGGAAGCAGAGGCAAAACACCCAGAGCUGCUGGCGCUGCCGGAUGAUAUCGAGAUAUGCGAUAAAGCAGCAGGAGUAAAUCUGGAUUCGGUGCAAUCAGAAGCCAGUGCCUUACUGAAGCGUCUGACCGAGACGGCGAGGAAGGUGUCCAAUUCAUCGGAGGAGGUGAAGGAGCAGUAUGCACAAGUCCUCGAGGAAAAUCUGGAGGCGUGUCGCACUUUGAACCAGAAGUUCACAGAGAUGGAGAAGAAGAAAAGCGAGCUGGCUGUCUACUUAUGCGAGGACGCCAACAAGCUGUUGCUGGAGGAUCUUUUCGGAACCAUCAGGACCUUCAGAGAGCUGUUCAUCAAAGCUCUGAAGGAAAACAAAACCAGAAAGGAACAAGCAGCCAAGGCCGAGAAGAGAAAGCAGCAGCUGGCAGAGGAAGAGUCAAAGAGACAGAAAGGGGAGAAUGGAAAAAUAAUCAAGAAAGGAUUUGUACCACAGAACGAUGACUGUAUCAUCGAUCAGCUUCUGGCGGAUAUCAGGAAAGGGUUCAGCCUGAGGAAGACCCGGCCAAGGUGCGAUUCGGAAACCCUCCCCUCUAGUGAAAUGCAUAGGGAUACCUGCCCACCUGGAUCAAAUGCGAGGCCUGCAAAAGAAAAAGCCGCAGAAGCGCAGGACACAAUUUCCGCUCCCACCAAACCUCAGGCAGAGGAGCGGCGCUGCAGCGCAGGAGAAGUCAACGGCUUCAUCAGCCCCUCCGACGAGACUCUCCCAGCGCCUCGGAGUCCAGCUGCCGACGGCUCAGCUGCUCCUCCCAGCACACCCCUGGUAGAACCGGCCACGACAGCACGGGCACCCCAAGAGCGACCUACUUCGCUGCAAGAGCGUCGACUCCUGGAGACGCCUCCACCGCCGGCGCUCGAUUUGACGCAAACGCCGCCUCAGGUUGACGGGGAGCAGCAGCAGCCCCGUCCCUCCACCAAUGGCUUUUUGGUAGACUCCGCCGAGACCAGCAUCCUCAGCCCAUCUUCCCUCUCGGACUCGGACCUGCUGGAGGCCGCGCUGGACGGAUCGUCAAGCCUGCCGACGCCAAGCGAUCCGGCGGACAUCAGCGUGAACGUUCGCGUCAAGCGAAGCCCGUCGCUUGACGCGAACAUGGACGUGACUGAAACUAGCGAAAGCAAUACGUGGGGAGAGGGGAAGAGUGACAGCAGUGCCAAUACAAGCCAUUUACCAGAGACGCUGGGGAGAGAAGAAGCUGGAGAGCAGAAGAGAAGCAGUACUUCAACAACCCCGGGCCAAGACAAGGUUACGACUUACAGACAUUCGGGGCCGACAGGCAGCGUGGCGCCGCUGGACGAGGGCAUCAGGGGCUGUGAUGUCCCGGACGGGCUGCAGCCGGAAGACCUGCCGUCGGCGUCUGAAGAAGUGCCUCCACCCGUUCAGUCCGAACCAAAGAAACCUCACGGGCUCUUUAAACGAAACAAAAAGAAGAGUACUCAAGGUAACAGUGGAAAAGGACACACUAAACAUAAAAAAGGCUGUGUGUUGCAGUGAGGUGACUCAAGAAAAAGAAAAGCAAGAGGAAAAAGAAAAUGUUAGAUGGACUUCUGAGCUGGAAGGACUGCCGUAUAUUUUAUUUAGUCAGACUUCAGGAAUAUUGACUCUUCGAAGAGGAUGUGGAAGACUUUCCUGACAAAGAGAAAGCAAACACUUUGGCGGCUGGGAUUUUGCACAGCCUUGACGUUACCCGUCACUUUAUGUAAAUAUGUUUUUCUUUGUAUGUGUAUAUGAGUGCUAAACACUUGAAUGUGCUUUAUAUGUUUGUAUAAUGGUUGUAUUAUGCAGUGGAUGUGUUUUUUGCAAUAACCUCUGUUUACCUACAGCACACAUAAGAUCUAGUACUUGAUGCAAUAUGUUCAAUUUAAAUAGCCAUGAAAACAGAACUGCUCGAAUGUGAAGUCUUAAUUUUUUUUUUUUUAAAUGUUGAAUUGAUUUGAAAUGGGAAAUUUGAGGGUGGCGUAUAAUGGAUUGUAACUUUUAAUGUUAGAUAUAUUUUAAUAAAAUUGAAUUUGCUGUUCA